GUUUGGGUUGUCUGCGUGCCGUACGUAAUACGUCUGGCUCCGGUCGUGUGUGUGUGUCAGUGGCAACACAAUGUGGUCGUUAAAAUGUAGAAGAGAAAUGCUGUUAUCGCCAAUUACAUAAUAUUGUGUUUACAAACAGUUAAUAGCUCAGCUCUAGGUGACGGUCACACCGAUCAAACUUGAUUACCGGAGAACGUUCAUUUACCUCAAGUGAGGCUAUUUUAAGUUGGUUGCACUUGCACAGAGCAGCAAUCUGUUGCUCUAGCAGUAUAAUGAGUGCCUAGUGAUAUGAGGCAAUUAAUGAAUAGUUAACGACCUGUUCGUGAAUUAAAUUACUCGUUAUUUAAUUAAUCAUUUUUUAACGAUUUGCACCAUGCUUUGGGUGGCUCGAAAUGGAGUGAUGCCUCCUACGAAGCAGCCCAGUGCGUUGGCGUCACUAGCUCAGUCGGCUCUGGCCGCUCAGCUGGUCUCAUUGUGUCGCACACUACAGACUGUCGCACAAGAAACCACUCCUGCCCAUGCUCUCAGUAUUGCCCAGACGCGGCUAAGGCCUCUCUGGAUCUCAUCACUGCCAGGAUGUGUGCGGGCACAACUCUUAGAGGAGGGAGCAGGUAUUCUGGCGACACCAGUGCCAGAUACCGGUGCCAUGGGUGCCGGACCAGUACCACUGUACCUGCUCUCUCUGCUGCUGGCUCCAGACAUUAAACGGUUACGAGUGGAACUUUGCUGCUAUUACGGGUGUAGCCACCAGGCCGCGCUCCUUAGGUUACUCACCAACCAGGGCAGCGGACUUGAGUCCCUUCAACUCGCCAGAUCAGCACUGCUGAGGCUAGACCACAACCUGCUGCAUUCAGCCCUCCUGUCUGCUGCCUCUCUGCAACGUCUCAUACUCCAGAACAUUGCGAGUGACUCUAUCUUGACAGUGGUGGGCAGUGCAUGCAAAAACUUGACUGUGCUGGACGUGGCGCAUUCACGACAAGUAACGGACGCAGGACUACGCCAACUCUUCCUGCAGGUAGAAAUACGUGACAAGACACAAACUACGAGGUGUGGUACCAAUGUCAAGGGCAAACUGAAGACGAUGAGGUGGUCUUGUCUCCGCAAACUACUCAGGCCUUUUUCCAACCUAGGCUUCUCACGAAAUUCAGAAACGAAACUGGCCGAUGUUUCCUUCCUCCUGGAAUACUGUGAGAGUCGCAACCCACUGUGCAAGUCCCUGCGAGUGCUCAAUAUCGCCAACACUGCUGUGACGAGUGCAGGUGUACUGCUGGCCCUACGCAGUGCACCGGGCAUACACAGUUUGGGAGACUACUGCCACAUGGGCCGAGCGCUUGAAGUGUAUGAGAGGGUCUGUGGUCCUGGAAAUCUACCGGAGUUCCAUCUUCGUUCUGCUCGCAGUUCACGCACCAACCUCCACAGGCUAGAGCUGCUGUCAUCGGCGUGUCCAGAACUGCAGAGGCUGUCACUAUCAGAACCCCACCACACGCCAGAGAGUCUCUCUCUGCUUCCUAUGACACUGACGUCUCUCAGUCUCCACGGUGUUCCUAACUCGCCUAUUUGGGUAGCUAAGUUGUUAAAAUUCUUUGAAGGACCUCAUGGUAGAAAUUUGAAAGAACUCGUGAUCCGUUUCUUUCUUCCAGAGUUUCUAACGCAAAUUGAUCUCGGUAGUGUAUUAAAGAACUGCACUAAUUUACAAUCACUGGUCUUGGAUGGUGCCAACGUCGACUGGCUGACUGAUGGUGAGCUCAGGUUGACAGAACUAGAAAAUAUUCAUUUGGGGAAAAGUGUAACGGCGAAAGCUGUAACGAACUUAAUGAAAUGUGCACCAAAUUUGGCUCGAGUGCAUUUCUUCAGUUGUUUGGAUCUGACUGAUGAUCAUCUCCUUAAAAUUCGACAUCCGUACUUGCAAUGCUUCUACAUCUAUGAGGCCUCGUGUAUAUCUGCAGAAACCAUCAAUACUUUGCUAGCAAACUGUGUUAACCUCCAGAGCACGGGGAACCUGAGCAACUGGGGACUUUCUUGUGACGCAAUGCGUUCAGUUGUCAGUUUAAUACAAGACAACAACUUCCAGCUCCAGCUCAAUGGAGGAUCUCAUUGGUUCUCUCCUUGUUUUCCAUGCAUCAAUCAAUACUGAUUCAGCUUACCAAAGACUGUUCUACAUGCACUAACUGACGUUUCAUUGCUAUUUAUGUCAUGUUACCAUAAUAUAACUAGUGCAUUUAGUCACUCACAUAGCGUAUUUAAAGUACAAGGCAAGGUAUUAAUAAUGUUUAGCUUAAGUCAUGUCUAAUUUGCUAGUCUGAUUUUUUUUAUUGAAAUUGUAAAAUAUGAAUUGUAAUGUAAAACUGAUUUGUUAAUUAAAUUAACAAAAUCUUUAAGCAUA